UUCACAUCUACACACAGGGGGACUUUUAGGCCGGGGGAUCUGACACACUGCUUUACUGUGAACCCAGCACUAACACCCAACCACCCUCUCAGUUACCAGCAAGGACACUGAUGAAUUGGAGCCAGUUGCUGAAGGCAUAUAAGGGCAAAGGGUGGAGGAGGGGGCUGAGAGGGAGAGAGAGGAAAGCUGAUCGAGGUCCUUGCGUUACAGGGUCAUCGGUGGACUAGUCACUUCUGUGAGACAGUCGUAGCCGCAGGACAGGACGCAGCACACCACAUCACGGUCUCUGUCCAUAAGGAUAUUGUUGAUUCAUUCAUUGGCUGCUGAUUCUCUCCCACUGCUUGUGUUUGGGAUACAUGGAGCUGUGACCAUCACAGACGUUCAAGAAGGAAGGGUUUAUCAUCAACUCAUCAUCAUCAUAAUCAACUUCAUCAUCACCACCGUCAUCAUCAUCAUCAGGUAUUUUUUUUGGGUGGGGCUGGAUCACAUUAAGGACCCAGAGUGGAUGAUUGGCGACCUGAGCAGACCAUGAUCUGAAGGCCCUGCCCGGAGGCCUUGCUCAUUCCUUCCUUCCAGAUUAUUCUGUGGGGGAAGAGUCGUGAGCCCGGCUGCCUCAGGUAGAGCAGGGAGAGCGAGGGAAAGUGUGUGUGUUGACGUGCGAGAAAAGCAGUCCUCUACGCUCCUCCGGACAGGUACGACCUCUGAUCUCAUCACGAGCCCCACCCUGCCCCCACUCCUGCCCAGCCAAUCACAGCAGACAUGGGGAGGAAAAAGAUCCAGAUCCAGCGAAUCACAGAUGAACGGAACAGACAGGUGACGUUCACCAAACGAAAGUUUGGCCUGAUGAAAAAGGCGUAUGAGCUGAGUGUGUUGUGUGACUGCGAGAUCGCCCUCAUCAUCUUCAACCACUCCAACAAGCUCUUCCAGUAUGCCAGCACUGACAUGGACAAAGUGCUACUCAAGUACACAGAGUACAACGAGCCACAUGAAAGCAGGACCAAUGCUGACAUUAUAGAGGCUCUGAACAAGAAAGAGCACCGGGAUUCGGAAAGCCCCGACCCCGAGGAGCCCUUCUCCCUCACGCCUCGUACUGAGGAGAAGUACAAAAAGAUAGACGAGGAGUUUGAUAAAAUGAUGCAGAGCUAUAGACUGUCAUCUGCAGUGCCGCCACCCACUUUCUCCAUGCCAGUCACAGUGCCGGUGUCCAAUCAGAGCCCUCUCCCCUUCAGCAAUCCCAGCAGCCUCGUCACCACCUCCUUCGUCACCUCCACACUCACAGACCCGCGCCUGCUGUCACCACAGCAACCGCAGCUGCAGAGGAACACAGUGUCUCCAGGCCUGCCGCAGAGACCGGCCAGCGCAGGUGCUCUUCUAGGAGGUGACCUGAACAACUCAAACGGGGCAUGUCCGAGCCCAGUGGCUAAUGGCUACAUUAGUGCCAGGGCCUCCCCAGGCCUCCUCUCUGUCUCCAACGGCAACAGCAUGGGGAAAGUAGUUCCGGCCAAGUCUCCCCCUCCGCCCAGCCCUCAGAUGGUGAACAGUCGUAAGCCGGACCUCCGGGUCAUCACCUCCCAAAGCAGCAAGGGCCUCAUGCAGCUGACAGAUGAGGAGCUGGAGUUGGUGAGUGAGAACGCUCAGCGGUUAGGUGCCUCCCAGGUGACCCAGCCUCUCACCACUCCAGUGGUUUCCGUGGCAACGCCCAGCCUCCUGACCCCAUUCUCCAUGCCAACUGCCUACAACACAGAGUAUCAGCUGACGAGUGCAGAUCUCACAGCCCUUCAGGCCUUCACACCGCAGGGUGCGCUGUUGCCAAGCAACGUGACUACUUGGCAGCAGCAGCCGUCAGUAUCUCAGCAACCACAGCAGCAGCCAUCGGUAUCCCAGCAACAGCCUCAGCAACAGCAGCAGCAUCAGCAGCAACCACAGCAGCUCAGCCUGGCUUCACUCAGUAACCUUGUCAUGUGGGGUGCAGACAAACAGAACGGGGAGAUGGCUAACUGCAUCUCCGGUCUGGCUGCUAACCUCAGUGUGACCUCACAGGCCAGCUUACUCUUGGGCAGGGAGGAGGGGCUCAGCUGGCCGGUGGGUCCGAUCCCUCAUGGUGCCACUCUGACGGUCAACACUAACCCCUGCGUGAGCAUCAAGUCUGAGCCUGUGUCUCCAAACCGGGACCGGAGUACCCCCAGCUCUACAGGCGUGGCAGCAGUGACAGUGGGUACUGUGGCAGGGCUCACAGUCACCCAGUACCCAGGGGCGCUACGUCUGGAGCCCACAGGCCGCUCCCCUGUAGACAGCAUCAGCAGCAACGGCAGCUCGUAUGAGGGCAGCGACCGGGACGACGGGGGCCAAGCACGCGCUCCGGAUUUCGCAACUGCCGCACUGGGUCCCAUCCGAGCCUCUGCAGAACAGGCGUCUUCUUCAGAGUCGCAGGAGGGGGCCAACGUCAAGCGCAUGAGACUGGAUACAUGGGUCACAUAAACACAUAAAUAGGCAAAAUGAGAGAGAGCUACCCUCUGUCACACACAUGCAAACACACAAACAAACACACAUCAUUUACCACCUUGUAACACACGCUUCUUUCAGCUGCACCUGACACAUGCAUGAGUACACUUGCGCACACUCUUUCAACUCUUGUCUUUUUCAACUUUCCUCUGCAUCAGCUUCUGUUUCUCUCUCUUUCUCUCUCUUUAUCUCUCUCUCAAUCUCUCUGUCUUUCAGCCACAGAUACAGAGAUACCGGUAUGCAUAUACUGUAUGCACACACACGUACGCACACACAAGAUGGACUGAAAAGUCAGACUCGUCAAUCCUGGUGCACAUUUGUUAACCCACAGGGAGACUGAAGAGAUGGACAAGUUCUGGAGAGAUCAUAGGGUCGGACAUUUGGGUCUUUUCAAGGGGACUCUGACCUCGCUGACCUCUACUCAGUCUUCAUCGUCCCUCCCCUCCUUCCCCCAUGCCGGUCCUCUCCGCACUGACGCCCUCUCUGCACUGACACGCUUUACCUUUCUGAUCCAAGUCCGGCCGUACUGCUCUGGUGGUGAAACCGUUUAUAUCAACCAAAACCGAAGCCGCUUGUUGCGUUGUGUUGUGUAGAUUAAGCGCUCACAGAAGCUGACAUGUUUUCCUGGCCAUGUUAUUCUUGUUUGAGCUGUUUUUUUUUUUCUUCUUUUUUUUCCCCUUUUCAUUUUCUCUUUCCUGCGUGUGUGUGUGUGUGUUUGAGAUGGGUUGUGUUUGCUAUUUCUUUUAUUCAACUGCUGUUCUCUACACUCUCUUGUACGCUCUUUCUUCUUCUUUAUCUUGAACUUCAUUUUUUUUUUCACUACCAUUGCUGAAACAGCUGCCUAUAGUAUUGACUUUGGGUAUAUUUGAGAAUAUCCGUCGUUUUAAUCGUGUUCAAUCAGGAACUUCGUCUCAAAAUAAUAAUGCAACAGGUUACGUCUGCAGCUCUGAUGUACAGCGAACCUAAAUCAAGAUCUGGACAACAAAAGAAAAGCAGUGUGUGUACGUAUUUCAGGGAAAGGACUUUCGGUGACUUGAUGCAACUACGUCCAUGAGGUCCAUGAACUUGUCGGCCUGGGGACGAACUGAGAAUAAUAUAUAUUAAGUGAGUGUGUGUUUGUGUGUUUAAGAGAGAGAGAGUAUAUGUAGUGAGACAGAGAUCAUGUGGCAGUAAGUAACAGGUAAACGAACAGCCAAGUGCUCUCUCAGUUCAGUUUUUUUGGUCUCUUCGUCACCAACCAACUCGCACCAAAACCCCUCACCAGUGCACCUUCAAGACGGGGAGCUUGUUGAGGUAGCUCUUCAUGAGUAGGACAGGUGACGGCUUUCUUUUCGGUUUCCUUUUUUCCGCUCUCACUCGCAGGCGUCACUUUUGUACACACACGAGUACGUAAGUUUGUACGUAUGGUGUAGUCAGGUGAAAUGUAGCCCUAUUAUUUGUACUAUUUGAAAUCCAGUCCUGAUAUUAAAUAUAUAAAAGUGUAUGAUGCACACACACACACACACAUAAAUACAUUGCUCAGCUGGAACACUCUGAACUCGUUUUUUUUGUUUGUUUUCAGAGUGGGCAGCUGUAUUAGUGUCACUACCGCUGGUUUACGUGCGAAGCAGCCUAUUAUAAAGCGUUCUGUAUUUAUUACUUGUUUGUCUGGCUGUGCAGUUCAGACGUGUUUUUUUUGUUUGUUUGUUUUGUUAAUGAAAUGAUAAAACGAGUAUUCUGAAAUUGUUCUUUUUUUUAAGGAGCCGCAAGAGUUUGAAACAAUCUGAGCCAUUGAGGGCUCAGGGCCGUGUAGGGUGUGUAGGCUUUCAAAACAUGUAAAUAUCCGGGCCCCCUCAACCCUUUACCCCUUACUCCCCUUGGUCUGUUUUCCUGCAAAGGUUCUUUUUGAGUACCGAGAGGAAAGGAGAGGAUUGGUGAUAAUGCAGAUGCUGAUAAUGAAACAGAUGGUGAAUACGUGGAUUUGAUCUCGGAAGGCAGUGGAAUAGAACUCAUCUUUUGAGCAUCCUAUAUCCCAGAGGUGUGAGGGGAGAUGGUAGAUGUGGGGAGGGGGGCUCUGGAAUCGGAACAGAGCCUGGCUUUUUUGCUGCAUUUGAGGAUUUGGAGAGCCGAGGAGAGGCCGAGUGCAGGGGAGUGACUAUACAUAGAAGAUAUAUGUAUGCACAUAUGUCAUACACAUCGUGCUGGAUCUGCCUGAAGCAGAGAUGUAACUCUCAGAGGAGCUGUCUUUCUAUUUCUACGUGUAAAUAAACUACUGUGUCGCAAGGAGAGCCUGGUAGAGAUGCAGCAAGGGACGCAGACAUGGAUAUGACUGUUUGUUGUAGGAUUUUUUAUUUUAUUUUAUUUUUAAUUUGGUUUUGUUCUUUUUUUUAAUUUCUGUAAUGACUAUUCUGAUGGAGUGCACUUUAAAAGAACCCCUAGCGUCCCAACACACCCCCAACCCUUUCUUUGUGUGUACUAUAUAUAUAUAUAUAUAUAUAUAUAUAUAUAUAUAUAUAUAUAUAUAUAUAUAUAUAUAUAUAUAUAUAUAUAUAUAAACCUUCUUUGCUAACUAGUCAGGUCUUUCAUAAAGGGGGUGGGGAGGGGGCCAGUGUUUUUUGUUUUGUUUUUUUGUCGUUAUUUUUUCUCCUCCAAAUUUACUCUUCUCCAUCAUUUUCCUACAUGCUACAUAUGCUCGCCAGACAGAGAGGACUACUUCUGCUUCUUCAGAACUUCUUCAAAUCAACCUCAUUGCCCUCCUCCUCCUCCUCCUCAUUUCCUAUCUCACUUGAUCACUCUGAUCAAUGGACUGCCAUUGGCCGCCCCCCUCCGCCAUUGCUUUCUCCAUUUCCGUGUGCUCACUCGCUCCUUCCACGCUCGGCUUCGGCUUGACCACAGGGCUAUUAGUCUCACGCAGAACUGCAGGACUGUCCAUGGUGGACCGCCUAAAGACAGCUCCCUAGUGGUCUGAUGGGGCUCUGCAUAAAAAAAAAAAAGACUCCACUCCAUCAUCCCUCCUCUCAGAGACCAUGCGUGCCAUUCAGGGAAGAAGAGCUCCUCAUGUUCUUGUGUAAUUGACGGCCCCACACCUUUUCAUGUCUCAUUUUUUUUUUUUUUUUUUUUU